AUGUUGAAAUCUCAAAUGCCUAUGUUAAAACUUAUUUAAAAAAUGAAUUUACCAACAUUAAAUGCUAACAGGCAGAGCUAUGUCCUCAAAAUAUUAGAAAAUUUUGAUUAAGAACAUAUCAAUAAUCCUUCUAGAAAUAUUCCAUUGGAUCUAUAUUUGAGAUACUUCUUUUUGAAUGAAAAGCAAAAAGUAGACAGUUUAGACCGUGAAGCUAUUGUAGAGUAUGUUUAUUAGUUGAUGAUAUACAAGGGAUAUCUAAAUGCAAUUUGCAGAAAACCUAUGAGUUGGCAAACUAGAUUUAGGGCAUUUAUGGGGCCUGAUUUUGAAGAACAAUUUAAAAAUGACAAUCUACCUCUUCAUGUGAGAUUGAGCUUUCCAAAAGACUUGUUUGAUGAAAUCCUGAAGGCUCAUGGUCCAAAGCAUGCAGAGGAAAUAUGCUCUGUUUAGGAUGAAAGAGGAGUCUUAACUGUUAGGACAAAUACAAUUAAAACAACCAGAACCGAUGUAAACAAUUGUAUAUUAAUAUUACAUUAGUUAAUGCAUGCUUUCAAAUAGAAUGGAUGGAAAGUAUAGCCAACUGAAUUUGCACCAAAUGGCAUAAAAUUUAUUUAGAAACCUCAUGGAAAUUUUUUCUAAAUGAAAGAAUAUAAGUAUGGGCAUUUCGAAGUGUAGGAUGAGGCUUCAUAGCUAUUAUCUAUGAGAGUAGAUGCCAAGCCUGGAGAUAUUGUAUUAGAUUAUUGUGGAGGAUCAGGAGGAAAAACUCUUGGAUUUGCUCCAUUUAUGCACAAUAAAGGUUAAAUUUACAUUCAUGACAUUAGGAAAAGUGUUUUGAUAUAAGCAAAAUAAAGACUUAAGAGAGCAGGUGUUUAGAAUUGUUAGGUGCAUCAUGAUAAGCAAAAGUUAAAGGAAAUUCUAAAAGGUAAGUGUGAUUGGGUGAUGCUAGAUGUUCCAUGUACAGGAACAGGAGUAAUGAGAAGAAAUCCUGAUAUGAAAUGGAAAUUUAGUGUUGAAAAAAUGAGAGAAGUUAUUAAAGUACAGGAGUUGCUUUUGAAUGAGAGUUUGACAUUUUUAAAUAAGAAGGGUGGUAAGAUAGUAUAUUGUACUUGCAGUGUAUUGCCUGAAGAGAAUUUACUUCAGGUAAUGAAAUUUUGUGAUAAACAUGGAUUUGAAAUUGAAAAUGGGUCUCACUUUACAACAUUCCCAAAAAGCAGGGGAAUGGAUGGUUUUUUCUCUGCUACUUUAGUCCCUAAGUGA